UUUUUUUUUUUUCUUUUUUUUUUUUUUUCGCUUUUCUUUUAAAAUCAAAACUAUGUCUGAUAAUGUUGUUUGUCCAAAAGAAUACGCUCAUUACAAGCUAUUGCCCUCUUCCAUUAAGACUAAGGAUUUAAGCUGGGAUUUCUUUCAAAAAGUAAACGCCAAACAGUGGGAUUUCGAGUCUUACAAAGCUCACCAAAACAUCGUCUCUAAAACCCAAAAAAACUUUAACACGUUAAUCCAUGAGUACAAAAAUUGUCUGCAGCGUAUAAUUCAAAAAAACUUGGUUCCAAGCACACUUCUUGAUUACGUAAAAGAACUAAAGAAUACGAGUUGUGUAAAAGACAAUCAAAAUCUGAACAAAGAGGAUGCAACUUUGUCGGUAGUCUCCAGUGGUACUACUAUUUUCAAUAACAUAAAUAGUGGCCAAGAGCAGAUCAACAACAUCCAUAUAAGGAAGAGAAGGAAGCUCCGCCCUAGCAAAAACACAUCUAAAGAAGUUCAUGGUGACAAAAGCUUGGUUUCAAAUGAUGAUGAUGAUAUUGAUGAUGAUAGUAAUAACUUGUUGCCCGAAGGAAAUGAUGAUAGUAAUAGCUUGAUACCCGAUGGAAAUGAUGAAGACCAAAACGUAAGCUCUUCCGAAAAAACUGAUCAAGAUGAUUCUUUCGACAGCGUCGAUCACCACCCGAAUGCAGUCAAUUAUUAUGACUAUCUCGUUGGGGACGGUCAGGAACAGUGGAGCUUUUCAACUAAAGCGGCCGCUACUUUAAUACACCAAGGUCUAAACAUCACAAAACUCUUACAGGAAUAUAGAGAAGCCUCCGUGGUUGCUGCUAAACAUUUAAUCAACAUAUCCGACUGCAGAAUUUUGUCACUUUCAUUUAUCUUUCCUUUUUCAAACCAGAAUAUGCAGAAAUCAUUUACUCAAAGUUUUAAACAGCAUCAUCAUAUUAUAAAGGACUAUAUAAAACCCUUGAUCUUACAGCCUGUUCCAGAUACUAUAAUACUAUGGUGUAAUCGUUUGGAUAAUUCCUUUGACCUAAAUGAUGACAGCCAACUGAAUCAAGCCACAAAAGAAAUGAAGGAAAAAUUUGCAACAAAAAUAUCAGAAGCAGAGGACAUCCACUUUUCAAUUAUCCAAAGAAUUGUAAAAGAAAUUCGAAGCUGGAAUUCCCACAACACCGAGGAUGAUUUCAUGGCGUAUUUAUAUUUUUUAUUGAUGAAAUAUUUUCGGUCACCAGGAGCCCAUAUCUAAAUGUAAAUAAAACUAUGAAGCGUCUAUCGGUCGAAUCAUCCUACAUACCAGAUGUCAAGCUGUCAUACGAGUAUAAAAAAAAUCAAGAGUUGGAUCUGUGUGUGAUUGAAGUGAAGAAAAAGUCGAUUUCAAAUACUCCAAAUAAAUCCGAUUUCACGAAGAUUCAUCUCGAGAUGAAACUAAUGAUCACAAAACUUAUACAAAUGAAUGUCCAUGACCCUGUUGUUUACGGAGUAUUAGUGCAAGGGUUUGAUUGCCAAGUCUCCAAAAUGACUCUUGAUGGCGAUGGAUUUUAUUUCACUCCAGUUGUUCAUUUUAUUCACUUGCCAAGAGAU